GCACCGGAAUCCCUUUUGCUCACCAAACCAAAGCGACCAACCAAAUCCAAGCAAAGCAAAGGCUCUCUUCACCAUGGGCGCGGCGGGCGACUCGCCGGCCCCGGCCCCUGCACCGGCGGCGGCCCCGAAGAGGACGCUGGUGUUCACCUACGGCACGCUGAAGCGGGGCUUCUCCAACCACAGCCUCCUCCAGGACCUGGCCCACACCGGCGACGCGUCCUUCGUCGGCGCCGCCGCCACGACCUCCCCGCUCCCCCUCGUCUGCGGACCCUACCGGGUCCCCUUCCUCCUCAACCUGCCUCUCGUCCGCGGCGGCGCCCACCGCGUGUCCGGCGAGCUCUACUCCGUCACGCCGCGGGGCCUCGCCAGGCUCGACGACCUCGAGGGCGUCUCGCGCUCCCACUACGAGCGGCUCCCGGUCUCCGUCGCGCUCCUCGACGGCGAUGAGGGCGAGGUGGCCGUGGACGGGGCCGUGGCGUACUACGCUCACCGAGGGUACGCGGCGGAGAUGUGGGCCAGGAGCGGCGAGAAGGGCCACGCCGAGUACUCGCCCGCCGUCGCCGCCGGCUACGUCCGCCGCAAGGAUCGGCCCCAGGACCUCACCUUCCUCGACCAGAUCCGCGUCUUCGUCUCCUCCCAGUCUUAGAUAUCUUAGAUACGACUACUGCUCUGUAGUCUGCUCCCAUGGUGGAUCAUCUUAUCUUCGACUCUCCCAGCUAUCACUUUCAAAUUUGUCCCAAUAAUAUAUACUCGCGUGUGUAUCAAUCAUGUUUCAUCUUGGCAAUGAUCAAUCUUAUUGUGGUCGUCAUCUUGGCAAUGAUCAAUCUUAUUGUGGUCGUCAUCUUGGCAAUGAUCAAUCUUACUGUGGUAUCA